AUGCGCAAAGCGGUUAGCAACAUCUGUCGCAUCUUUUGUUGUUACAGAUUGAAUCUGUACUGAAACAACGAGCUCAGCCAAACGUUACGGAAAUACGCAGCGGUCACGGUUUUCCUCAACAUGACGUCACGUGUUGGUCUCAGAGCUGGAGGUACUAAUGGAAGUAACUUCAAACCCAGAGAGAGGGUGGCCCCACAAUACCAAAUGAGUGCUGCCCUGAAGUCAGAGGUGCGGAAGUUAAACCUGGUGCACCUUCUCCUCUGGCUGCUGGUGGCUGCACAAGUGACUGUUAGCCACUUCGACCUGGUGUCACAUGACACAGUGUCCAUGCCGUACCAGUGGGAGUACCCCUACCUGCUUAGCCUCCUCCCUCUAUUUUUCAGUGCCCUAUCACUUCCAAAGAACAAUAUCAGUUACCUGGUCUUAUCCAUGAUCAGUGCAGGGCUGUUCUCUGUGGCACCGCUCAUUUAUGGUGGAAUGGAGAUGUUUCCUGUAGCGCAGCAGCUCUACCGACAUGGAAAGGCCUACCGAUUCAUUUUUGGCUUCUCUGCUGUGACUGUUAUGUAUCUCAUCAUGGUGGUUGCUGUUCAAGUGCACGCCUGGCAGUUGUAUUACAUGAAAAAGCUGUUAGACUCAUGGUUUGACACCACUCAGGAAAAGAAGAAGAAGUAAUGGAGUGAGAAAGCUGUGACUGGGCAAAAACUGUGUUUUUAUCUUAAUUUAUUCAUAAGUUAAGCAUCUUAUUUAUGUCUAUUUAUUCAGUCAUCAUUAUCAUGAAACAUCAUACCUUAAAACCCAGUGUUCUCUGACGAUGUACAAUUUAUGCAGGAACAUGGAUUGCUUUGAUGCCAGGAGUGGCAUCAAAGCAACAUUCAUACACAUGGCGUUCAGUCUUCUUGUUCCCUCUUCAUCACUGAGUUUAAACUGCAGCUUUACUCCAAAAGUUUAGGAUCAUGUUCAUACAUACUUAAGUACAGCGGUGAAUGCAAUAUCUGUUCUAACAUAUACAAUUGCUUAGAAAUUGUAGCUGAAUGUGUUAAAGGUGGAGUCAGCAACUCUGGAGAAAGAUUGUUGAUAUUUGAACUCAACAUCUGAACAAACAAAAAUAAACGUAAACAUGUGCCAGAUUUACCAAUGCCUUCCCCCUGUCCUGUGCACCAGCAGGCGUGAGUAGUGAUGGCUCAAUCCACCAUGCCACUUUCUUUGUUUCCCAUUUACAGAGCAAGGGAUGUGUAUGAACGCCAGAUUUUCUUCAAUCGCUGACUGCGCCUUUAAAGGAACUAGGUUUAUCUUUGCUGCAGAUGUGCGGAUGCUGUCUCCUUCAUUAAGUCUACCUCUCACAAAAUCUUUUUUUUCCAGAAUGCAUUUUAGCCAUUAAAAAAAAUAAAAGAUGGUGAU